GUGCUAUUCAUUUGCAAAAAUUGAAUGGCAAUCAGAGAUGUUUUGACAACGGAGUAUAUGAAUGGCAGUUACUGUAGAGGGGGAAAUAAAACGACCUGUACCGGGGUCCUCCCUCAUUUAGCCCGGAUUUCUAUCCACGACAGGUUUUUGUGAGUAAGACAAAGCAGCACAAUGUCACAGGAAAAGGAACUGGAUAUGAUCGAAAGGGAUCCCAACCGGCUCAAUGACCAUGUUAAGGUGGCGUUCGAGGACGUGUUGGCGGAACCCGAUGGCGCUCACAGCAUAGACUGUGUCUGGCGAUGUAGCUACUCCUGUUUUAACUGCGGCAAAAAUUGUUGCUACAGAGUGAUGACAACACUUUGUGGCUUGUUCAUUGCCCUCUACUGGGGUUGCGAGUUUGCCAUGAUCACGUUCGAUCAAGUCUGGUGCACCACACCCGGCCUCCGGAUCUUCAGUAUCUACAUGGGAUGUUGCCAGAAGUUCUUUGGUACUUGUAUCACGUGUUUCCUCGCACCAAUCUGUGAAACAUGCGGUCUGUUGUUUAGUAGAAUUUUAAUUACGAAACAAUGAGUUUGAUAUCGCCGAUCAGGAACUCAGACUUUCCUGUGAGAAUUUAUGCCAAGCUGUGAUACGUGCAUUUCUGCAACAACGAACUACGACUACAACUAAAGUCGUCAUAAUUUAAUAUAUUUCCCCUUGUGUCUGUGCGUUUCUCAUAUUUCUAAGUAUUAUGUCUAAUUGUGAUGUCUCUAAUUAAAUAUAUUAUAAAUUAGCA